AUGGCCCUGCUGCACUCCGGCCGUAUCCUCUCCUGGGCCGCUGGCACCUUCCACCCGGGCCUUGCCGCCGCAGCCUUUGCCAGAGCCAGCUCUUGGUGGGCCCAUGUAGAAAUGGGACCCCCAGAUCCCAUCCUGGGAGUCACUGAAGCCUACAAGAGAGACACUAACAGCAAAAAAAUGAACCUGGGAGUUGGUGCCUACCGAGAUGAUAAUGGAAAGCCUUAUGUGCUCCCUAGCGUCCACAAGGCAGAGGCCCAGAUUGCUGCAAAAAAUUUGGACAAGGAAUACCUGCCCAUUGGUGGCCUGGCUGAAUUUUGUAAGGCAUCUGCAGAACUAGCCCUGGGUGAGAACAGUGAGGUGUUGAAAAGUGGCCAGUUUGUCACCGUGCAGACCAUUUCUGGAACUGGCGCCUUAAGGGUCGGAGUCAAUUUUAUGGAAAGAUUUUUUAAGUUCAGCCGAGAUAUCUUUCUACCCAAACCGUCCUGGGGAAAUCACACACCCAUUUUCAGGGAUGCUGACAUGAAGCUACAGGGUUAUUGGUACUAUGACCCAGAGACUUGUGGUUUUGACUUCACAGGCGCCAUAGAAGACAUUUCGAAAAUGCCAGAGCAGAGUGUUCUUCUUCUGCAUGCCUGUGCCCACAAUCCCACAGGAGUGGACCCUCGUCCUGAGCAGUGGAAGGAAAUAGCAUCUGUGGUAAAGAAAAAGAAUCUCUUUGCAUUCUUUGACGUGGCCUACCAAGGCUUUGCCAGUGGUGAUGGUAACAAGGAUGCCUGGGCUGUGCGCCAAUUCAUCGAACAGGGCAUUAAUGUUUGUCUCUGCCAAUCAUAUGCCAAGAACAUGGGCUUAUAUGGCGAGCGCGUGGGAGCCUUCACCGUAAUCUGCAAAGACCCUGAUGAAGCCAAAAGGGUGGAGUCACAGCUGAAGAUUGUGAUUCGCCCCUUGUAUUCCAACCCUCCUCUCAACGGGGCUCGGAUGGCCUCUACCAUCCUGACUUCCCCAGAUUUGCGAAAGCAGUGGCUGCAGGAAGUGAAGGGCAUGGCCGACCGCAUCAUUAGCACGCGGACCCUGAUGGUCUCUAACCUCAAGAAGGAGGGCUCCUCCCACAACUGGCAGCACAUCACGGACCAGAUCGGCAUGUUUUGUUUCACAGGCCUAAAGCCUGAACAGGUAGAGCCACUGACCAAGGAGUUCUCCAUCUACAUGACAAAGGAUGGCCGCAUCUCUGUGGCAGGGGUCACCUCCAACAACGUGGCCUACCUUGCCCAUGCCAUCCACCAGGUCACCAAGUAAUUUCCUGGUGCGAGAACAGAGAC